CUUGCGCUUGCCGCCUCCCGCGUGGCCUGAAAGAAAUAAACUUCUAGCUAGUUUACCAAUCAUUCCAUAAUUUAGCUAGGAUUCUCGGAGAAAUGUCUAAAAUAGAGUUGUUGGGAUUGAUUUUCAACCAGGGAUUUAGAGCGGCUCCUGAGUUGUUUAGAGCCGUUGAGAAAACUAUAACAAAGUACCAGGGAAAACAUUCCCUAUCGAAAGAGGAGAACGCCCGUCUACAGAAACUGCUUGAUAUCCUCCUGAAACCGGAGAUAAAGUUACAUAGAACAGACCUCCAACAGCUCAACGUCUCUGAAGAGGAGGUUCCCCCUGAGCAGCAGCACUGUGAGCAGGAGUGGAGCCCCAGUCUGGGACCGGAGGACACAGAGCCCACACAGAUUAAAGAGGAACAGGAGGAACCCUGGACCAGCCAGGGGAAAGAGGAACAGGAGGAAUGUCAAGAGCUGGAGUACAAUACUAAAGACUCUGUGUUCACGCCUCCCUGUGUGAAAAGUGACUAUGAUCAGUACCCAACUCGGUCCUCACAUCUUAACAAAACCCAAAGUAAGGAAUGCAAAAAUGGAGACUCGUCCACUGAACAGAUAAAAACAGAAUCUCAAGAAGAGAACUCUUCAAAACCAGCCAGUGACUCUCAGGCCCUCUGUGUAGUAAAUCCAGGCUGUUCUGCAGCUCAGGGUGAUGACGAUGAAAGUGUUCAUAGGAAGGAGAGUGCAAAACCAUUGUCUGCUUUAAAGACGCACAUAUCAAAGAGGCGGACAGAAAAAGGACAAAGCCCUGCUGGUCCUCGUUGCAAGGUGUGUGGAAGGCCUUGUCAGUCCUUUGGAGCUUUAUUGAUACAUUUGAAAAGUCACAGAAAAGAUAAUGAACAAAUUUGUGGCGUUUGUGGAAAAAGCUGUCAAUCCCUAAAAUGUGUGAUGGAUCACAUAUUACAAACUCACAGAACUAGGUUUUGUGAUGUUUGUGGUAAAAGUUUUGAUGCUACUAAGGAUCUGGAAAAGCAUAUGAGGACCCACACAGGGGAAAAACCAUAUCCCUGUAAUGACUGUGCUAAAUAUUUUGCCAGUAUUACAAAUCUGAAUUCGCAUAUGAAGACAGUCCACACAGGGGAGAAAUCACACUGCUGCCAUGAAUGUGGCAAAUGUUAUGCUCAGAGUGGAAAUCUGAAUGCGCAUAUGAGGAUCCACACUGGAGAGAAACCAUAUCACUGUAAUGAUUGUGGCAAAACAUUCCGCCUUGGCAAUUCCCUUAAAAUGCAUAUAAGGACUCAUACAAGGGAGAAACCACAUCGCUGCCAGGAUUGUGGCAGUUCAUUUGCUAGGAUGGAGCACCUGAAAAAUCAUAGCAGGAUUCACACAGGGGAGAAACCGUAUAGCUGUCCUGAAUGUGGCAAAUGCUUCCCUCAGAAUGGUAAUCUAAAAUUGCACAUGAGAAUUCACACAGGGGAGAAAUCACAUCAGUGUCAAAUUUGUAACAAAUGUUUCACUUAUAGCCAUACUCUAACAAUGCAUAUGAGAGUUCACACCAAUGACAAACCGUUUCACUGCCAGGAGUGUGACUUAUGUUUCAGUCAGAGUUCCAACUUGAAUCGGCACAUGAAGAGACACAGAGGGGAGAAAUCACACCACUGUCACGUUUGUGGCAAAUCUUUCUCCACAGGUUAUCAGUUGAAUGUGCAUUUGAGAAUUCACACAGGGGAAAAACCACAUGUGUGUCCUACAUGUCCAAAAUGCUUCAGCGACAGAGGGGCUUUAAAUAGUCAUCAGAAAAUACACACUGAGAAGAAGCCAUAUUGCUAUGAUUGUCUUAAAUGCUUCAGAUCAAAGCAACGCCUGAGAGAACACAGAGAGAGAAUGCACAAAAACAUGACAGUGCCCUGUGUAGGGGAAGGUGAUUCGACAGAAGAUUGAGAGGCAGUUUUCUUGGGUGGACAAAAAUGACUGAAUUAACGCUUGAACUAUGAGAACGUUGCCAGGCUAACUGGCCUGCUACACUGGACAAG